AGCUUGUGCUGACUGGUACGUACAUGUAUAUAUAUAAGGAAGGAGGCAUCCUCUCCCCAUAUGCCAAGUUCUCUGUUUUCUCUACUCUACCUCUCUCUCUGCGAUACUCUCUCGAUCCAUCGAUCGAUCUUCUUCUGAAGAAGAUAGAAAAGGAAAAUGGUCAAGAUCUGCUGCAUUGGAGCUGGGUAUGUUGGGGGGCCUACCAUGGCAGUGAUAGCCCUCAAGUGCCCAUCAAUUGAAGUGGCUGUAGUUGAUAUCUCUGUUCCUCGGAUUACAGCUUGGAACAGUGACCAUCUCCCCAUCUAUGAGCCUGGUCUUGAUGAUGUUGUGAAGCAGUGCCGGGGCAAGAACCUCUUCUUCAGCACUGACGUGGAGAAACACGUACGUGAAGCUGAUAUAGUCUUCGUCUCUGUUAACACGCCCACCAAGACUAGCGGCCUUGGAGCAGGCAAAGCCGCAGAUCUAACAUACUGGGAGAGUGCAGCUCGAAUGAUUGCUGAUGUGUCAAAAUCUGAUAAAAUAGUUGUCGAGAAAUCAACAGUUCCUGUCAAAACAGCGGAGGCAAUAGAGAAAAUUCUGACCCACAACAGCAAGGGAAUUAACUUCCAGAUUCUUUCUAACCCUGAGUUUCUUGCAGAGGGGACAGCAAUCCAAGACCUUUUCAAUCCUGACAGGGUUCUCAUUGGAGGUAGGGAUACCCCAGAAGGCCAGAAGGCAAUCAAAGCAUUAAAGGACGUAUAUGCUCACUGGGUCCCUGAAGAGCGGAUCCUAUGCACCAAUCUAUGGUCCGCAGAGCUCUCUAAACUUGCUGCCAAUGCCUUCUUAGCCCAGAGAAUCUCAUCUGUCAAUGCUAUGUCGGCUCUCUGCGAGGCUACCGGAGCAGAUGUGACACAGGUUUCAUAUGCUGUGGGUAAGGACUCUAGGAUAGGGUCCAAGUUCCUGAAUGCCAGUGUUGGUUUUGGCGGUUCUUGCUUCCAAAAGGAUAUCUUGAACUUGGUUUAUAUUUGCGAGUGCAAUGGUCUUCCAGAAGUGGCAGAAUAUUGGAAACAAGUCAUCAAGAUAAAUGACUAUCAGAAGAGUCGCUUUGUGAACCGUCUUGUUUCCUCAAUGUUUAACACAGUUGCAAACAAGAAGAUUGCUGUUCUGGGGUUUGCAUUCAAGAAGGAUACAGGUGACACCCGUGAGACCCCUGCAAUUGAUGUGUGCAAGGGGCUAUUGGGGGACAAGGCUCGACUGAGCAUAUAUGAUCCGCAGGUCACAGAGGACCAAAUCCAGAGAGACCUUACGAUGAACAAGUUUGACUGGGACCAUCCUCUUCAUCUCCAACCAAUGAGUCCCACCACCGUGAAGCAAGUCAAUGUGGUAUGGGAUGCCUAUGAGGCAACGAAAGAAGCUCAUGGCGUGUGUAUUCUCACUGAGUGGGAUGAGUUCAAGAAUCUUGAUUACCAGAGGAUAUACGACAACAUGCAGAAACCAGCUUUAAUUUUUGAUGGUAGAAACAUUGUGAAUGUGGAUAAGCUGAGGGAGAUUGGUUUCAUUGUCUACUCCAUUGGUAAGCCACUGGAUGCCUGGGUCAAGGACUUGCCAGCUGUGGCAUGAUGAAGAUUCUCCAAUCAAUCUGAUUCUUAGCACUUGUAUUCUUGGUCUACCUUUAAAUCUGUUUCUGAUGCUUCUGGGUUUUGUCCGUGUGGAGGUUUAUAGGUGUACUUUAUUUACCAAAUCAGAGCUUGUGUUUCCUUUUCUUUUCCUUUUUGUAAUAGAACUUGAUUUUUGUACUUCACUUUGGUUAACUUGCUAUUGAACGGCGAUAUUAUGAAA